GCUUAUGUAAACCAGGGGAAGCCUGUGCAGAAGACUGUCUAGACCUUCUUCACCUUAUCUUAAAGCAAUUAAGGACAGGUUAAACCCUGAGUUUGGGCCAUGCCAGGAUGUGUUUGUCACUCGACCUCAUGUUGAACUCAUUCCAUGUGCCCACGACAGGCAGCCAAGUGUUCAGUUCACUGUGUAGCAGUACAUUCAGGAGAACCAAGCUCUUCUCUUAGGAAACGCCACCAGCUCCUCACAGCACGGAGGCCCAGCAUGAAUGGGAACUGUGCUGGGGGCACAGACUGGUUGAGGAAUCUGGAGUCCAGUUGUCCUGUGGAAAACAGAACUGUAGCAGCCCAUGAGUCAGAAAAAAGUUCUGUGGUGUUAGGAGGUCACAGCCCUGCAGUUCCCAGGACUGAGGGUUUGGAUUCUGAAUGCCGACACAACACUUGCCCAGUGAAUCCCCAGAUCUGUAGCAUGCUGUCUGCUCCUGAAGAACCUCACAACUGCCAUAUCCCAGAUGGAAAUAAGAGACAGAUGGAAUAUUUUAAUACCCAGGAACGCCAUGGCUGUGCAUUGUCUUCAAGCAGCAGUUCCCAGACAGUAGCUCCAGAGAAGGUGACCCUGGUGGUGGAUGGCACCCGCUUUGCAGUGAAUCCCCAGAUCUUCACUGCUCACCCUGACACCAUGCUGGGAAGAAUGUUUGGGCCAGGCAGAGAAUACAAUUUCACCCGGCCAAACGAGAAGGGCGAGUACGAGAUCGCAGAAGGGAUCAGCUCGGCCGUGUUCCGCACCGUGCUGGAUUAUUACAAAACUGGAAUCAUUAACUGCCCUGAUGGGAUUUCCAUCCCAGACCUUCGAGACACAUGUGAUUACCUCUGCAUAAACUUUGAUUUCAACACAAUCAAAUGUCAAGAUUUAAGUGCUCUGUUACACGAGCUCUCCAAUGAUGGGGCUCACAAGCAGUUUGACAGCUACCUGGAGGAGCUGAUCCUGCCCAUCAUGGUGGACAGCGCGCGGAAGGGCGAGCGGGAGUGUCACAUCGUGGUGCUGACCGAUGAGGACACCGUGGACUGGGAUGAGGAUCAUCCACCUCCCAUGGGAGAGGAGUAUUCUCAAAUCCUUUACAGUUCCAAGCUGUACAGAUUCUUCAAGUACAUUGAGAACCGGGACGUGGCAAAAGCCGUGCUGAAGGAGCGGGGCCUGAAGAACAUUCGCAUUGGCAUCGAAGGGUACCCCACGUGCAAGGAGAAGGUGAAGAGGAGGCCCGGUGGCCGCUCCGAGGUCAUCUACAACUACGUGCAGCGGCCGUUCAUCCAGAUGUCCUGGGAGAAGGAGGAGGGCAAGAGCCGCCACGUGGAUUUCCAGUGCGUUCGGAGCAAAUCCCUGACAAACCUGGUCACGGUGGGGGAUGAUGUGUCAGAGGACCACGAGGUUAUCAUGCAUCACCCCCCACAAGUGGAUGAACUGGACAGGCUGAACGCCCCCUUCUCCCAAAUGGUUGUUAACGAUCUCCCGGAUUAGCGCGGCUCAGGGUGGAGAGUCCUGCUGCAUGUGGGAGCCUCUCGGCGUAGUGUCAUCCCAGCUGCUGGGACACAGACUCCUGCAAGGUGCUUUAUCCUCGUCCAUGCUCUUACUACCUUGUCAUAUUUCAAGCAUGUUAAUAAAAGAGCCACACUCCAUAGUCUUAAUUGUGCAAUCAAAAGCAACGUCUGCUCAGACAAAAAGAAAUGACUUCUUGUUUCUACUACAAAGGCUUCCGGAUUGUGGGUGCUGAAUAUUUUAUCUAAACUUCUGAAAGAAGAGCACAAGUGUGUGGAAACGUCUUGUGUGACAUGAGAGAGGAAAUCCUGGGCCUGUCAAGACAAAGGUUUCCUUUACCAUUAGGCACAGCUUUGUUUUUGUGAGUUACAGAGGAGUGAACAUCAAAGCAGGACAAAUGAUAUUCUAUAUCAACCAGCAGAAAUGUAGCACAGUGUGACAGCAAACCCUGAGCAUGGAGGAAUCUGUUUGCACUGCCACCUGGCUUUGGAUCCAGCGUGGUGUGCUGCUGCCCUAGGAAAGAGGAACCAGUUCCAUAGGAAGAAUAUUCACAGGAAUUCCCUGUCUGUACUUCUUCAUGAGAUGGAAUCAUUGUUUUUAGGGAUAUUUUCUGUUAAGUUCAGUAAAAUGAGUAGAUCAUGCUGAAGGAAAACCCAAAAGAGACUGUACCUGAUAUUUUACCAAUAAAAGAAAUCUGUUAAUAUCCAAA